AUGCUGGCAAGUCGAUAUUUUUCUUGGCUAGAUACUAUGGAGCUGAAAACUGAGAUCGAGAAGUAGCUUGGGCGAUCAAAAACAGAAGCAUAUAGUAAUCUUCUAAGAGGAUAUUUGAGUCUAAAAAUUUGCAAGCUUGAGUUUUGUAAACUUUGCAUUGGUACAAUAGGGAAAGAAUAUUUCCAUCUGUAUAAUCAUCUUAUCAGAUCUAUUCUAAAGAAUGCAUGAAUAGCAGGUUCUUUGAGUGUUAAAGUGUCAAAUGGAUGCCAGAGAACUAGCCUUCAAUCACUAUACAGAGAUUUUUCCCAAUCGCUCUGAAAGGGGAGAACCACAAAUCUUCGUGAUCGCAAGUUCAGGGAUUGAUUGAGCCCCCUUGGGCCUCACAGGAAGGGUCAUAGUAUUAUUGCAUGUGAAGAUUCAAUACCUAAAAUUCAAGAACAAUAAAGUACUACAGAACUACUAUCUAUGGGUAGCAGACCCCCUUGUUCUGUGAAAGAUGGGAAAGAGGUUAAACAAGCUGCUGGAGGCCCCAGCUUCCAUGGUAAGAGUCCAGUUAUAGCUCCUAUUGGCCUCCCACAAAAUGCUAAAAGGACAAGAAAAUUGUUGUUUAGAGGAUCAACACCCAUAGCACAUUAGGCUUGUCACAGUGAUGGAGAGCUACCUGAUACAAGCUCUUUAAAGAAGAGGCUAGAGCACAAAUUAGAGGUGGAGGGAUUCUAAAUCUUUGGAGAUUUUUCUGACUCGUCGAAUUCUAGCCUUGAUGAUUUCCUGAAGAGAUUGAUAAAGCCAUGUGUAGAACUAGCUAGUUCAAGAUUUAAAGACAAAAACAUAGACAGAGGACAUUUUCAGUUCCCAAGUGUGCCCGGUUCUGCGUCUAUGGAGCUGAACCUUCUGAUACUUGGAGAAGCUUGUCCAACCACACUUGAGAAGGUUUGCUUGCAUGCUUCAGAGGACAGCCCUGCAAAGUGAUUAGCACAUGAUUUGGGUUAAGUUACAAGUGUAAGCUUGUUUUAUGGUGAAGAUGAUUUGUGUCAACUCAAUAAGCACUGGCUGAAGUACAUAAAGAAUAGAAGUCUUGGAAAUUUUGCAUCAAGGUUAAUUGUCAGUGUUCUUUUUCCCUUGAAGAGAAAACCUGGGUCAUGAUUUUGCUUCCCUCCAUGCGGUGAGGGUUGGUCUGCACGAAGCUGUGAACUGCAUUAGAGUUGUCUAAAUUAUGGCACAGUUCAAUUUCAGUUGUUUAUAUACACCUGCUUAUUUGAUUGUAAUUGGAACCUCUUUACUCUAUUGGCUUGACGUAUAUCACUUUUCGGGUUGUUAUUAGCGUAUAGCGGGGUAUGUAUCAUCUACAAUAAGAACAACAUUUAUAGUUUUGUACAUAUAGUCAAAAGGGAAGUACUUCUUAUUAUUAUGCACUUUACUGAACUGAAGGAGCUUGCUAAAUCAUAUGUUUUUAUUAUGUAAUCUGCAUUCACUGAGAACAAGAAAACUGUUAUGGGA